AUGAACUGGCUCAAAUCAACCCUCGCGAGUGUUGCGGGUACGCAGGAGCCGAUCUAUGGCCCUGAGGCGAUUCGAUCUGUUGCCCAACAAGCACAAGAAGUGCCGUACACUGUUCUCUCUAAGGAGGAUCUGCGUUGGCGCGCCUACCAAUAUACCAAUGUCGAGACCAAGACCUUUUAUAUCAUGGCCGACAAUGGCACCUUAGUUUUUGUGCAGAUCAUCUACAGCAACAUUGUUGGCAUCCACACCACCGCCCAGUUCAACGCGAAGAUCUUCAACCUUACUGGAGAUGCCCCCCACAAGUGGUACUCGGAUCCCUUGUACAAUUUUAUGUUCGAUGAGAGCAUGCUUUCCUUUGGAGCCGAUAAUCUCUCUCUAACGCUCAAUGAGGAGGGGGAUUCCUACACACUGAAAUCUGCCGUAAACGAAGACUGUCUAGUGAACAUCACCUUCAAUCGUUCUUCCCCUGGUUUCGUCAUUGGAAAAGAUGGCACUUCCUACUUCGGUACAGACGCCCAGAAUCCCUGGGGCUCGAUGAGCCACGCAUUCUGGCCCCGUUGUGGUGUUGAAGGAACGAUCACCACCAAGGAGCAAACUUACGACCUCAAGGGCCGCGCCAUGUUCAUUCAUGGUCUUCAAGGCAUGAAGCCGCAUCAUGCUGCUGCACGGUGGAACUUCGUCAACUUCCAGACUCCCACAUACACCGCCGUCAUGAUGGAGUUCACAACACCCCCAUCAUAUGGAUCGACCGUGGUGAACGUUGGCGGAAUCGUUAAAGACGGAGAGAUCAUUUACGCCGGUGUGACCAACUCGGCUACCCAUACCGAGGCAUCCCAGGAUCAGGAUAGCGACUGGCCCGAGCCGAAAUCCAUCAAGUGGGUUUGGGAUGGCAAGUCGAAAGAUGAUAAGGCUGUUCAUGCGGAGCUCGAUGGCGCACUCGGCAGGAGAUUGGACCGUAUUGACGUUAUGGCGGAGGUGCCAGGCUUCAUCAAAACCAUCGCCGGUAGUGUCGCCGGCACUCGGCCGUACAUCUUCCAGUUCGCUCCCCAAGAGAAGCUUGCACUGAAGUUGAAGGUCGGAGAUGAAGAAGUCUCCGAGGAGGGUGUCAUGUUCUCCGAGUCGACGUUCAUUUCGUGAAUGACGCUACGUGCAUAGAUCAUUGUUUACGGGGACUUGUCCAUGGCGUUAUUGAGUGUUAAUCGUGGAUUCUCCUAUUGUUACUGCUGAUAUGCAGCCGAAAACCCAACCCCUAAUGUUUCACAAACAUCAUAUAAGAAUCUCUAAUGAUCUACAUAAAUCUGUAUCUCUCUAUCAAUGUUACAUAUUCGGCGAACACAUGAAACUCAUACCUCCGCUUUUUGUGGUUCAAAUGGGACUCAUUCACUAGGAGCUUGAUCUGUCUCUGAAGCAGGUAACUGAUGUUCCUCUAGCUUUGGGAUUUACCUCUACAGGUAAAGCGACGACCUCGGACACCAGAUAAUGCGUCGCUCGACGAUCUGGACUCAAAUCUCA